UCGAAGCGCGCAAUCUUUUCAGAGAGAAAACCGCCCGAGAAAACGCAGUUUGCCGAAUUCGAUCCAAUUAAUCGUCAACCCACUAAAAAUCCUCGCGCUCCAACAUUGUUGAGACAAAGCAUGUCUCCGGUUGCGGACACGUUGAUCGGUAGCUCGAAAAGCUCGAUGUCGCAGCCGAUAAUCGAUUACUCCCGAUACGUGAGGCGGUACACAUCGGGUCAAGAAUGCGGUAGCUCGUAUUGUAAGGAGCUCGGCUGCCGCGAGCAUUUUCACUGUCUGGACUGCAGUGGUAGGGUGUUUGUGAAAAAGGAGGAAAUGAUCAGGCAUUUCAAGUGGCACAAAAAGAGGGACGAAUCUUUGCAGCACGGGUUCAUGAGGUACUCGCCGACGGACGAUUGCUCGGAGAGGCAUCCGGGCCGUGCCUGCCCCCACAAUCGUAAACAGACUCACUACCACUGUAUCCACGAGAAUUGCGAUAAAGUUUACAUAUCGACGUCGGACGUGCAAAUGCACGCCAACUAUCAUCGCAAGGACUCGGCUAUCAUACAGGAGGGUUUCCAGAGAUUUCGAGCUACCGAGAGUUGUGCCACUGAUCACUGUCCUUUCGUCGGACAACGGACCACGCACUUCCAUUGUCGACGAGCUGGUUGCCGGUUCACCUUCAAGAACAAGGCUGACAUGGACAAGCACAAAUCGUACCACAUCAAAGACGAGCAGCUAUCCCGCGACGGUUUCAAGAAGUUCAUGAAAUCCGAGGCGUGCCCGUUCGAGCAGUGCCGUUUCUCCCGCGUUUGCAAUCACAUCCACUGCAUACGACCGCAUUGCAGCUACGUUCUUCACUCAUCCGGCCAGCUGUUCUCUCACAAACGAAAACACGAGCGUCACGAGACGGAGCUAGCCUACAGAAAGUACAAGCAGAUCAACGCCGUCGGUGGUAUCCGACCGCCAGGCUCCUGGCCACCUGAUGAUCUCAGCAUCCAGAGCCUUUCCUUAAGUCUGAAUGGCGAAAGCUCGAACGAGGACCGAGGCUCGCCAUCGUACUACUCCCUGGACGAUUCUUUUCAAAGUGGUAGCGAUCUAGCGAUGGAUCUCACCGCGCCAACGACCACAGUCACCGCCAGUGGGAGUUCCACGGUAACCAUAGAGCAGCAACAUCAGCAACAGAGUCAACAGAGUCUCACUGCCACAGAACUAGCGUAUCUGGUACCUGCUACGGCUGACUGUCCCUGUCACACAGGCAGGGAACAUCAUCACUGCGGGUUAGAUCGUUGUGGAGCCGCUCUAAAGGAUCCUCGCGAGGUCAGGGAGCAUUUGAGGGAACACGAGACCCAAGAACGGAUCACUGACGCGUUCUUCGAGGAAGGUGGCUGCGACGACGGUUGCCCGUACGCCGACAAGGAGAAACACUAUCACUGUAACUGGGAGAACUGUCGCGAGGUGAUCCUCUCCACCGACAAACCCUUCCGUCGCCUCCAACAUUACAAGAUCCACGAGUAUAGUCGACAGUUGAAUCUCUCUUGCUCCUCUCACGCUCUGUCCUCCGACGUGACGUUAACGCACUUGACCAACAUCGACGCGAUGUUCAGGCGGAAGAGAGGCAGGCCUCCAAAGAACAGAGUGAUUGAGAUCUGGUCGGGUGGCGAUCCAGCUACCCACACUCACGACUCCCCGCAAGCGAUCUUCACUAGUUUCAAGCUACCUAAACCUCAGACGCCUAGUCUGACACCUAAUCCUAUGACCGAUGAGAGAGAGGGCAGUGUCUCGCCUUCGAACAGCCUUGGCGAACCGGAAGGUUUCUCCACGUACAAUUCAGAUGGGUGUCCAGAUCUUGCUUGCGUCCUCAGGUCGACCAGACACCAUCAUUGUUCGCAGCUUAGGUGUCACUUCUCCACCGACAGGCCCGAUCAAUUGUUGAUGCACAGCAAAGACUUUCACGAUAACGUUGAUAUACCACCUGGUUUUGCAUUCUUCGAUAAGAUGGUUGACUGCCGACUGGUUGGUUGUCACAGUAAUCGCGUUAAUCGGCAUUUUCACUGUACCAGGCCGAACUGUGGUUACUCGUUCGUUAGAUACUCGACGAUGGCGAUGCACGAGAAACAGCACAGCAGCAGUCACGACGAACAGCCUGAAUGUUCGUCGAAUCAGGAGUGCCAGACGCAGAUUCAGCCUAUGAUGCAGGAAACGAAGCCUAGGAUUCAAGUGAAGAAUCCGGCCGAGCUAAUCGAGAAGCCCGAGGAGAGUUUGACAAGUGAGAUGGAGAACAGAUCGAUGAUCGACGAGAAGGAAUCGGAGAUUCUCAGCCCGGAUGUUAACAAGACCACCGUGGUGAGGGCGGCAGGCACCUAUUAUCCGGUCAGUGGACCGCCGAGUGAACCCGCACUUCCGGGCGUCGUGCUAUCCAUGCGAACUUCCGUGCACCAAGAGUCUCCGGUAUUACCAUCCACAUCUUCAGCCUCGCCGCACAUCCUCUACGGACCAGAGCAAAGCUGCAGCAGGCCCUUCUGCAAGUUAAAACGCAAGAACCACUACCACUGCAACGCUUGCAAUCAGGCGUUCUCCGAACUGGACCGACUAGUGGCGCACAUAGCUAAGCAUUCAACAGGCGCCAUCCUUAGUCAACAGCAACACGAGCUGGCCAGUCAGACGCCCAAUCAACUGCAGCACGACUAUCUGGCGCAGCUGUCGCAGAAGCACGACUUCAUGGCGCAGAAUGCUCAAAUGGCGCAGAAUAUCCAAAACUUCCAAAGUCAGAUGCAACGUCAGAUGCAACAGACUCUGGGCCAGAUGAGCCAACAGACGCAAGUGAAGGAGGUGAAGAUCGAGCCAGCGAGGUGUGGCUCGGACAUCGGCGUUCAGAGUGUUCCGAAUGUCAAGAGGGAGCCUAGCGAAGUGUCCAGAGACGAUGGGAACAAUUCGGUGAUGGAUAACAACGAGAAUGGCCAGUUGUCUCAGCCGAGUAUGCCACCCAGUGUUCAACAAUCGCCAGUCCCGACUAGUUUCGAGCUGGACCUCAGCCACGGUUUCCACUUCCCUAGCCCGGCUGUAAUGGCUGCUAUGAACCAGCAGAUCGCUCUUAUGAACCAAGCUCUGCCACCAUUCUUGCAACACGGUGGCAUGUAUACAGGUGGACCGGGUUUGAUGUUCGCCCCUGGUUUACCACCGACUAAUUUUCUACCUCCGGCCAGAGACGAGAAUCCUCUGGCCUCGUUGGCGGCGAAUCUUAAUCUGAAUAAGAGGUCCCUGUCGCCGCCUGAUAGCAAUUCACCCGAGGCGAAGAAACAGAGACUUCAUCAUUCCAUGCGGAUGCUUAAAGACGAACCUGUGCCGGAAGGAUACGUCAGAUUCAGAUUCAACGAAGAUUGCAGGUAUCCCCAUUGCGGCUACAGAGAACACCAGACCCACUUCCACUGCAUGCGUCAAGACUGCGGCUACUCGUUCUGCGACAAGACACGUUUCGUCCAGCACACGGCGAGACACGAGCGUCUCGACACUCUAAUGGGUGGCGAUUUCCAGCAAUACAGAGCCAACGUACCCUGCGGAAGAGCGCAGUGUGCCUACACAUCAUCCUUAGGCUCUAUGCAGAACAAAGCGUCCCACUUCCACUGUCUGAAAUGCGACUUCGUCUGUACGGAUACCAAUAAAGUGGUCGCUCAUCGGCGACAACACGCGAAAUUGGACAGCAUAGCAGCUGCAGGUUUCCAAAAGUUCACGCCCAGUCAACCCUGCGGCAGUGUCCAGUGCCAGCAUUCAGGCAAACAGACCCACUACCACUGUCUUCAGUGUCAGUACGCUGUGCUGGGUUUGGCGCAGAUGUCCGCUCACAAGUAUCGACACAUGGACACAUAACGACGUUCGUUUGAUACUGUCAUUCGUUGGAGAACACUCGAGAAAGACAAAUUCCCCGGUCUCCGGUAGACAUUCCUUGGGGGAGUCGUGGCCCAAUCACGUGGCCAGAGGAGCAAGAUUAAGGAAACAGCGGGCUGAAGUCGGAUGAAAUCUGAUCGGAAGGAGAAGCAGAAACUAAAAUAAAGAAAAGACAAUUCCUCAUGCAUCCUGUAGACAUUCCCUGGAAGAAUUUCGCUCCGCGUUCUCAUCAUCCAUGCCUAGCGUACGGACAAUGGCUGGAUGAUUAGGAGCAGAUCCCGAAUGAGCGGCCUAGUCAUGAAUCUUCAGCUGUUUUCUAUCGAUCAGGAGAUAAAUCUUGUCGAUGUGUGUGUCUUCUCGUUCGGAUGAUACCGGUCGAUGCAUCGAAUUGGAACUGUUCAGUGAAACUCGAUGACUUCGUACUUACGAGAGGAGAUAUUUAUUGCAACGACGAUCUUCUUUUCGCGGUUCUUCUCGAAUUGUUCACGAGGGAUUUUUGAAGCAGAAUUUCGAAGAACAGAGAGUGAUUUUGACAAGAGGAGAUCCACGUAGACGAGAAACGAUGGGAGAAAAAUGGCAUAGAAUCAUAGACAAUAAUCAUGGAUGACGAGCCUAUCAUUAUUAGCUUUAGAUCGCGAGGAUAAAAGACAAACUAUGAUAUUUAAAAUAGAAAAAGACCUUGUACAUUUCGUUUUCCUUCUUUUUUUCUUUUUUGUUUCCUUUUCUUUUUUUUU